UAAUUAGCCGUUUCACGCAAAUUAUACUCCCUCCCUAACGGUCACCUUUUUCAAGAUUUCUUUCUUCAAAACCCUCUUCUCAUUUCCACCCAAAUUAUACUCAUUCUUGAAUUCAUGGCGGACAAGCUGGAGAUUUCACCUCCCAUUGAAGAAGAGAAGAAGAUUCCAGUAUUUACAGUGCUAAAGAAUGGGGCCAUCCUCAAGAACAUCUUCUUGCUUGACAACCCCCCACCUUGUUCAAAUCAAGAAUCAGAAAUUGAAGAGAUUUUGGUGGUUGGUAGACACCCAGAUUGUAACAUUACAUUGGAACACCCAAGCAUCAGCAGAUUUCAUCUCCGUAUCCACUCUAAACCAUCCUCUCUAUCCCUCUCUGUUACUGAUCUUUCUUCAGUACAUGGGACAUGGAUUUCUGGUAAGAAAAUUGAAUCAGGAGUUAAGGUGAAGUUGAAAGAAGGUGAUAGGAUGCAACUUGGAGGUUCCAGCAGGGUCUACAGGCUUCACUGGGUUCCAAUCAGCCAUGCAUAUGAUUUGGAGAAUCCAUUUGUACCUACUCUUGGUGAAUCUGAACCAGAAGAAAGCACAGAGGAGGAACAUCAGGAUGAAAGUGGCUUUUCUCUCCAGAAUGACCAAAUUCAGAAAGAAGAUUAUGAUAUGGUGCAAGGUCUACUAGACUCAUCAUUUUCUGGUAUGAGUUCGUUACCACAUCUGAGAAGUUUGACUCCACCAGCUCCACCAAUGCUUGAGCAAAUGAGAUCUCCAUUUCCUGAUAAAUAUGAAGCAGCAAACCAAAAUCUACCUGGGAAUAUCCAUGAAGAAGGUGAAAUUAGUUUGCUGCAGCUUGCUUACCAAGCUGACAAGGAAAAUAACGCACCAGAAGCUCUUCUUGUUUCAGGACAGUCCCCAAUUGAAACUGCAGAUGGUACCCCACCAAGAUCUCAGCAAAGAUGUUCAAGUAUUUGGUCUAGAAGGGGAAAAACCUCCAGUGUUCAGAUUCAAACUGGUAGAGAUAGAGCAAUGAAUGAAAAAAUUGACAUGGAAACUGAAGUUGAAUCGCUUAAUCAUGAAAUAGCAGGAACUUUAUCAGUUUCUAAAGAUCUUUUUGCUAGUGGAAACAAGGAUAAAGAGGAAGAGGUCUUUACUCCUGACAAAGAGAACCAUACUCCUAGUUCUCUCUUCCUUGGAUCCAUGAAGAAAUCGUGUCUUUCUGAGAUGACAAAUAGAUCGGAUAGAAAAUCUCUGCUUUCUAAUAUGGAUGAGACUGAUGAAGAAAUUUUCACUCCAGACAAAGAGAAUAUGACACCAGAAACUCUUCAACUGAGGUUAAUGAAGAAGAUGGGAAGCCAGCAUCAAAUUAAGCUUCCAAAACCGUUUAAAUCUUCAUCUCUGAAACUUGUGGUUGAGCCCAAAUUCAAUCAAGCGGCAGGUUGUGUAUCCCACAAAAAAGAGAAGCUAGGAUCAACUACUAAAUCAACAGAGUCAAAUAUGGAUGAAAAUGAUGAAGAAAUUUUCACUCCAGAUAAAGAGAAUAUGACACCUGAUACUCGUUUAAUGAGAUCAAUGACGAAAAUAGGAAAGUUGGAAGAUCUGAAGCAUCUAGAAUCAUUUAAAUUUUCUCUGGACAAUGUAGUUGAUCCCAUAUUCAAUCAAAAUGGAACCCCAUUCUCCUCUGAGAAAGAUAGUCUGACUGACAAAGUUCUUGAAGAACAGAAAUUAAAAAUUCUUGCCUCCAGAAAUCCAGGAAGAUCGGAGGUAAACACAGUGAAGAACAGAAGGGAUAGGGUGCCUUUGCAGUCACUUCUUGUGAACUACCCCGCAAAGACCAGCUCAAUAUUUCCAGAAGAGGACAUUAAGUUUAGAGACAAUCCAAUCAAGCAUCCAGAGACUAAGGAAAAUGAGAGUGUCAUGGAACAGAAGAGAUGGACCAUUGUAGUAGACACUGGUUCAUUGCUGAAUAAAGAAUCAAGGAAAAGUUUGCAGCUUCUGCAAGGUCUCAAGGGAACUUAUCUGAUAAUUCCUAGAACGGUCAUAAGAGAAUUGGAUUGCAUGAAGAGGCGUGCUAGUCUGUUUAGAAGGACAACUGAGGUAUCUGCAGCAUUAGAAUGGAUAGAAGACUGCAUGAUAAAUGCAAAGUCAUGGAUUCAUGUACAGAGUUGUGCAGAGGAAACAAGAGCAGUGGCACCAACCCCUCCUGCUACUGCUCCAUUGUCUUUGUUCAGUGAGGAGAAUGGCAUGUUUCCUGUUGGCUCACAUCAAUUUUCUCCGCACAGUGGUCUAAUGGAAUUUGCCUCACCCACAGCAGAAGAUCAUAUCCUUGAAUAUGCCCUCUUCUUCAAAAGAACCAAAAGAAACGGACAACUCGUCCUCCUUAGCAAUGAUCUUACCAUGAAAAUUAAGGCCAUGGCAGAAGGUUUGAACUGUGAGACAGCAGAAGAGUUUCGCGAGAGCUUAGUGAAUCCAUUCUCUGAGAGGUUUCUUUGGAAGGACAGCUCUCCCAGGGGAAGGACUUGGGCAUGUGAGGAUGACUUUGUUCUUAGGGAAACAUAUUACCACGGCCCUCCAAAGAAGCCAUCAAUGUCAGGAGAAGCGGCAAAAGGGUUGAAGCUCGUAUUGCUCCAUAAUUCUCAUUAUAGGCACCACAACAAUAUGGCCAGCUGAACCAGUUGGCUAUUAGCUAGCUGUGUACAGCUUCUUCUCUUCAAUUGCAAAAAUCAUGUUCAAUUUCUUUCGACAGUUUUUAGAUUGUGGUGCUUUGUAAUCAAGGACAAGAAGGCCCUUUAGAGAUAGGGGCUAGGGGCGCAACAAAAAGUAACGAUGUGGAAGAUUUCAUGCCAUGUUCUGAAAUGGCAGCGUUGCAAUCUUCUUGGACCUUUAUUUCAAUGAAAUAGCUUGGUUCUUUUUUCUGUGUGUGAUGUACAAUAUAAAAUUUUGGUUUGACUAUGUCCUCACUCCUCAACAUUGUGUAGUCUUACCCCCUCCACAAAAAAGGAAGAAGCAGCAUUGUACA